AUGGCAGAGAAAACACCAGAGGAAGGCAACUUUCACGCCUUCUACCAAGCGUUCAUCAUGAUCGUCGUCUCUGAAAUCGGCGACAAGACGUUCCUCAUUGCGGCCAUCCUGGCGUCCAAACACAGCCGCGUCACCGUCUUCGCUGGCGCCUUCGGCAGCCUGGUGAUCAUGUCGGUGCUCAGUGCCGCGCUGGGCAAGUUCAUCCUCGGGCUCGUUCCAAAGGUGUGGACGCUCUGGGCGGCCGCGGCGCUCUUCCUCGUCUUCGGAGUCAAGAUGGCCCAAGAGUCGCGACACAUGCAGGGCGACGAGAUGGCCGAGGAAAUGCGUGAGGCCGAAGAGGAGAUCGAGGAGGACAGCGCGGAGCAUGACCCAACCAUGCGGGGCGCGAUGCCGCUCGAGGCGAUCGAGGAGGGACGGGUUGCUCGUCCACUCUCAAAGGGGCUGAGUGGGAGGACAGAGUCGCCAGCUCCGGAGCGCGGACGCGCACCCGAGCGUGGGCGGCGGACGGCGUCGCGGUCCCGCAGCAGGCCGAGUAUCCAGAUCUCCAUCCCUGGGGUCGGGCCGCUCAAGGACGCUCCGUUUAUCGCACAGGCACGGGAGAGCUGUCGCUCGGGACUGCAGAUGGUUACGAACCCUGUUUUUGCGCAGGCUUUCAUUCUAACUUUCCUUGGCGAGUGGGGCGACCGCUCGCAGAUCACUACUAUCGCCAUGGCAGGUGCACAUUCCGUGCCCGUCAUUGCGUUCGGUACCAUUCUUGGCCACGCGCUGUGCACCCUCAUGGCCGUCAUUGCUGGGAGAUGGAUCUCGACCAAGCUCUCGGUGAAGAAAAUUACGAUUGCCGGCUCCAUCGCGUUCAUCUUCUUCGCCAUCCUGUACGGGCACGAGGCAUAUACUGCCGGCGUGAAUGGGGAUGUGGACUGGUAG